CGGCAUGUGAUUUCAAUCGGAGAGGACGAAGAAGAAUGCGACCAUGUUGAAUUAGCAAGAACAAACACAAUAGAGACGGUUUAUUUGGAGUGAAUGUAAUCUAACGGUAAAGUGAUCUGCCGCAAAAAAAAUGUGAUAUAUAACAGAGGGAAAGGUGACACAGGCUUGAGCUGAAUACCGCCUGACUCGCACACAAAGCUACACACUUUGACAGAAGACCUGUGGUGUCAACAAGAGAGGAGGGAGACCUAGCUGAAACAAACAGGACAGACAGAGGGGAUUGUAAAGCUGUUUUGCAAUUUGGACUACAAUUACCCUUUAUUUGAUUUUCAACAUCAGGAAACUACUUUCACAUGUGGUUGGACAUGUGUAUAUACACACAGAGUGGAAAACAAAUAUUGAACAAUAAGGACCAUAUUAUUUUGGAUAAAUAUUUGUACAAAGGUUUGAAAAACCAUUUACAAGGACAUCGAUGUUGCGCAAUUCAAAGGGACUCAACGCAAAGCAAGGAAAUGUUUAAUCAAAGAAAGAGAUUUAACUUUUGAACAAAGAUUAUAUUACUGAUACUAUUCCCUCGGUUCAAAUUGUCUUAGCAGUUCUAUUGCAGGACUUAAACUCCUUGAUACUUGUUUACAUACCAUUUUUAAAAUAUUGUGUGCAGGUAUAAAAUAUUUAUGCAUUUGAAUGCAUAUAGCUCUUCAUUUGGAAGAGCUCUUGUGUUAAGACUUUUCAUACGUCAGUAAAUUCUGUAGGGGACUAAACUGCACGUGUGUGUAUAUGAAAGAACUACAAAUAUACUUAUGUUGUAAAAGCUUUGGACUAAAAAUAAUGGAGAAUAUUGUUGAAUGCUUUUUUUAGACAUCUACUUUCAAAGUGGCUUUUUAAGAAAAGGAAGAAAACGCUAAGGGAGGGUAAGACGUAAAUCUUUGAGAGUAAAAACAAAGGAAAGACAUGGCAUCCGCAAGAACGGAGAACCUUGGCCCUAUCGGCAUGGGACUGAACAAGCAGAAUGGGCAGCUUAGGGGGGUGCCUAAACCGGCCUCUCCUCAAUCAGGACCCCUCGUCCUGGGCUCUCUGUUAAGCAAGGCUGUAGGUGCACCCCAGAAAGCAGGUGCUUCCCUGGAGGGAACUGGCAUUAGAUUUGGAGAUGACUGGAAAAAGAGCCUACAGCUCCCUCCCAAAGACACUAGAGUCAGAACCUCUGAUGUAACAUCCACUAAGGGAAAUGAGUUUGAGGACUACUGUCUGAAACGGGAGCUCCUGAUGGGCAUUUUUGAGAUGGGCUGGGAGAAGCCCUCCCCUAUCCAGGAGGAGAGCAUUCCCAUAGCCUUGUCAGGACGAGACAUCCUGGCCCGAGCCAAGAAUGGAACAGGGAAGAGUGGGGCCUACCUCAUCCCCAUGCUGGAGAGAAUAGACCUGAAGAAGGCUUAUAUACAGGCUAUUGUGAUGGUGCCCACUCGUGAGCUGGCCCUGCAGGUGAGCCAGAUCAGUAUCCAGAUCAGCAAGCACCUGGGCGGAGUGAAAGUCAUGGCCACCACAGGUGGUACCAACCUGCGAGAUGACAUCAUGCGCCUGGACAAGACUGUGCAUGUGGUCAUAGCUACACCUGGCAGGAUCUUGGACUUGAUAAAGAAGGGCGUGGCCAAAGUGGAUAGAGUUCAGAUGAUGGUGAUGGAUGAGGCGGACAAGCUGCUGUCUCAGGACUUUGUGGUGCUCAUCGAGGAUAUCAUCAGCUUCCUGGGCAAGGGCCGUCAGAUCCUGCUGUACUCUGCCACCUUCCCCAUCAGCGUGCAAAAGUUCAUGGCCAAGCACCUGCAUAAGCCCUAUGAGAUCAACCUGAUGGAGGAGCUGACUCUGAAGGGCAUCACCCAGUACUACGCCUACGUCACUGAGAGACAAAAGGUCCACUGUCUCAACACACUCUUCUCCAGGUUGCAGAUCAAUCAGUCCAUCAUCUUCUGUAACUCCACCCAGAGAGUUGAGCUGCUGGCUAAGAAGAUCACCCAGCUGGGCUACUCCUGCUUCUACAUCCACGCCAAGAUGAUGCAGGAGUACAGAAAUCGUGUGUUCCACGACUUCAGAAAUGGACUCUGCAGAAAUCUUGUCUGCACUGAUCUCUUCACCAGAGGUAUUGACAUCCAGGCCGUCAAUGUCGUCAUCAACUUCGACUUCCCCAAGAAUGCUGAGACAUACCUGCAUCGCAUCGGACGAUCAGGGAGGUUUGGCCACCUGGGCCUGGCCAUCAACCUGAUCACCUCUGAAGACCGCUUCAAUCUGAAGUCCAUUGAGGACCAGUUGGUCACCGACAUCAAGCCUAUCCCUGGCAGCAUCGACAAGAGCCUGUACGUGGCAGAAUUCCACACCACCAACCCCAAUUGCGGGGAGUGGCUGAAGGAGACUGGCCGUCAACAGGUGGAGCCCUAGAACUCCUCAACUGUGAAAAUGGCUAAUAUUUUAGGUCACCCCUAACGUGGAUCUGAAAUGGUCAGAUGGGUGUAAGGAAUAUGGUCAAUUCCUCAGAUGGUAAGCUGACUCGAUUACCAUCUUCCUUAUGUCUAUCAAAUAACUGUGGCUAUAAAAGGGAUACGGGAUAUAUUGAAGUGUGUGUGUGUGUGUGUGGGGGGAGAGAGAGAGAGACAUAUAUUUUUAAUCCUUGCCACCUUAUCUUCCAUCCAGGACAACAGGAUGUACCCGGCUUUUGCACAACAUUCAGCUCUUGCAGCUCAGGCACCUCUUCAACUUAUCUUUUCUCAAUCUUCAGAACUUGGCACAUGGAUGUAUUUGUUUUUGCUGAUUUGUAUGUCCUGUUCUUGUUCCCCUUUUAUUUUAUUUAAAAGAUAAUUGCAUUUUUUGCUAAAAUAGUCUUAACCAUGUUGUUUUGCACCAAAGGUAACUUGCCAAAUGCACACUGAGUUAUCAGUCCUUUUUUGGCUUAAGACACAUAGGCUUAUGUUUUUUGGAUUGUAUCUUGUUAUUGCAAGGUAAUAAUCAGCUGAAAAACUUGAGAUAGUUGAGGAACAUUACCUUAAAAAGAAAAGUAAGAACCAUGCAAAAUAUUGAUCCAAGUUGUAUUGUUUCCUGCUGAAUACAUCAUCCACUUUUAUGGCUAGUAGGUUUGGGCGAUAUACUGUACACUGGGGUAUUUCGAAAUAGUGACUGAUUUUCAAAACUGUUUCAACUAUGUUUUUGGGGGGGAUUGGGGGCACCUGGGGGCUGCAGGGUUGUGUGCUUAUAACUAUACGAAAUCUAUGAUGUCAUUAUAAUUUAGAUCCACCUCAGGUCUCCAGCUUUGCAUUUGGUUUGCCUAAGUGGCUAGAUGUCAAGAUCAAGCUUCUUGGUUACAGCAGACAUUCUAACCUGGGUACCAGUCUUUUUAGCUAACAUACCACUCCUUGCCACUCCUUGUCAUUGCCAAAGACGGGCUUUUCUGCCAUCUUCAAAUAUGAACGUUAUAUCAUUAAUGAGCUCUAGGAGAACAUAGGAGUUGUUCCUAAUUCGAUAACCCCCACCUCUCUCCUCCAAUCACAACGGUUAUCCUAAUAUUGGAACUCAACUUUUUUUUCCUCCUCCACAGAACAUAAACUCAGCAAAAAAUUAACAUCCUCUCACUAUCAAAUGCAUUUAUUUUCAGUAAACUUGUUGAAUCUUAUGUUCAUACAAAGAUUUACACAACUGAGACAUACACUGAACAAGUUCAACAGAAAUUGAAUAAUGUGUCCAUGAACAAAAGGGAGGUCAAAAUUAAAAGCAACAAUCUGGUGUGGCCACCAGCUGCAGUAAGUACUACAGUGCAUCUCCUCCUCAUGGACUGCACCAGAUUUGCCUGUUCUUGCUGUGAGAUGUUACCCCCACUCUUCCACCAAGGCACCUGCGAGGUCCCGGACAUUUCUGGGGGGAAUGGCCCUAGCCCUUAAUCCACAGGUUCACCCUCCAUCCACAGGUCCCAGACGUGCUCGAUGGAGUUGAGAUCCGGGCUCUUCGCUGGCCAUAGCAGAACACUGACAUUCCUUCCUUGCAGGAAAUCACACACAGAACAAGCAGUAUGGCUGGUGGCAUUGUCAUGCUGGAGGGUCAUGUUAGGAUGAGCCUGCAGGAAGGGUACCAAAUGAGGGAGGUGGAUGUCUUCCCUGUAACACAGAGCAUUGAGAUUGCUUGCUAUGACAACAAGCUCAGAUGCUGUGACUCACCGCCCCAGACCAUGAUGGACCCUCCACCUCCAAAUCGAUCCCACUCCAGAGUACAGGCCUCGGUGUAACGCUCAUUCCUUCGAUAUAUGCGAAUCUGACCAUCACCCCUGGUGAGACAAAACUGUGACUCGUCAGUGAAGAGCACUUUUUGCCAGUCCUGUCUGGUUCAGCGACAGGAUCUAUUCAGCGAUCUAUUGUAUUUUUCAAAUAGUGCCCCUUGUGUGCACU